AGACUUUAAUACACAGAUCUGCUAAAGCUCUGGAGACUGGCUCGACUGAUGAGGAGGAUUUCAGGGUGCAGCGCUCAGCAGCAUACUUCUAACUUUCAACAGGGCAUUAAGUCACUUUUAACUACAGAGCUGUAAAAAUACGUUUAAUAAAAUGGAGAAAUGCAUUUUUAAGUUGCACUAACGGUGAAGAAUAAAUGGUGCAUUCAAAUAAAUAGACGUGCACUUGAAGCUACGGCGCAACCCUGCUGGCAGAAUUAACUGCACUUUGUUUUCUGGCCAUAUUUACAGUCUAAAGCUUUAAGACCUGGGUCAGCAUCACGGCAAGUCGUUUUCCUCUUGGUAUACUUUAAUACUUGCUCACCAUGGCCGAUGAGGAAAAUGCCAACACUGGUGAGCACAGCGCUGGCACGGACAACCCAAAGUUUAAUGUGUUGAACUGGGAACAAGUGCAGCGUCUGGAUAAGAUACUGACUGAGACAAUUCCCAUUCACGGCAGAGGUAAUUUCCCCACUUUGGAAAUGAAACCCCGGCAGAUCGUCAAAGUGGUGCGAAGCCGACUGGAAGAAAAGCGGAUCACCGUGAGAGAUGUGCGUCUAAACGGAUCGGCUGCAAGUCACAUCCUGCAUGAGGACAGCGGCUUGGGCUACAAGGAUCUGGACCUGAUCUUCUGUGCCGAACUCAAAGGCGAAGCCGAGUUUCAGACUGUCAAGGAUAUUGUGCUCGACUGCCUUUUGGAUUUCUUACCUGAGGGAGUAAAUAAGGAGAAAAUCACACCUUUAACUUUAAAGGAAGCCUAUGUGCAAAAAAUGGUGAAAGUCUGCAAUGAUUCAGACCGCUGGAGCCUCAUUUCCUUGUCUAACAAUAGUGGCAAAAAUGUGGAGCUGAAGUUUGUUGACUCUCUGAGGAGACAGUUUGAGUUCAGUGUGGACUCGUUCCAGAUCAAGUUGGACUCCCUGUUGUUCUUCUAUGAGUACUCUGAGAACCCCAUGCGAGAAAGCUUUCAUCCCACGAUCAUUGGCGAAAGUGUAUAUGGUGAUUUCCAGGCAGCUCUCCACCACCUGUGUCACAAGAUCAUUGCCACCAGGAACCCAGAAGAGAUUCGCGGCGGUGGGCUUCUUAAAUACUGCAACCUUCUGGUAAGGGGUUUUAGGGCUGCCUCAGAGACUGAAAUCAAGUCCCUCCAGCGCUAUAUGUGCUCCAGGUUUUUUAUUGAUUUCUCUGAUAUUGGAGAGCAGCAAAGGAAGCUGGAAUCCUAUUUGCAAAACCAUUUUGUUGGAAUGGAAGACAGAAAGUAUGACUAUCUGAUGACCCUUCACGAGGUUGUGAAUGAAAGCACAGUUUGUCUGAUGGGGCAUGAGAGAAGACAGACUCUUAACCUUAUCACCAUGCUAGCCAUUCGUGUCCUGGCAGAACAAAACAUCAUCCCCAAUGUAGCAAAUGUCACCUGCUACUACCAGCCAGCUCCAUAUGUGGCAGAUGCCAAUUUCAGUAAUUACUACAUUGCACAAGUUCAGCCCGUGUUUGCUUGCCAGCAACAUGCUUAUUCAACCUGGUUGCCGUGUAAUUAAAAAAAAAUGGCAAAAAGAAAAAAAAAAGAAAAAGAAAUGAAAAUAAUAUGAUAAGGGAAGUUUCCUCUUUAUGUAACAUAGGAGGUAAAUCCUUCAAAAAUUAUGUGUUCUGGAUGAUUGAAGAUCUGCUCCAGCAAUCAUGUCUGAAAGAAUGUUUAUGUUGUAAACGAGCAUGAUCUAAAGAAUAGGAAAAGUGGAAUCAGCUCCAGUGAAAUCUGUUUCUAAAUGCCUAGAGCUUUAGCUUUUCCUGACAGAGACACUGGACAGCUCUGUGACAUAUGGGUUAGUGAAAACUAGCAGCCAAGGGUCAUAACCUCUGCAGAGGGAGACCCGAGAUGCCAGACAGCUUUUCAGUUUGUCAGUUUUAAAGGAAAAGGAGAUUGGAGGGGCAAAUUAAUCAUGUCAAGUUGAAACUGAAAUAACAGCAAAAUGCUGGAGUUAUUAGAAGAACAAGGUUAAGUAUCUCUGCAGUUCAGAUUAACUGUUCUGCUUAGAGAUGGACCAUUACUUGUAUCGGGUCAAGACAAGUGCCAGUCAGAUUAACUCCAAAGGCAUCAGGCAGGCAUGUCGAAAUGCUGACUGGGUAUGUGGUCCCUGGUUUAAUUACUCCGAGGCAUCUAGGAGGAGACAGGGAGAGCUGUUUUAAUCUAAAAUGUGUUUACAGACCAAAGAUGAUUUUUCUUUUUAAACUUCCCACAGAAAUCAUGUAUACACAUGCAUAAAUAAAAGUGCCUAAUUCCCAUGAGGAGAACAGGGAUGAAGUAAAGAAAACCAAUACUGUACAUCCUUGUGUUUGUGUCUUAUCCUAAAUGUAAUGUGUCUGGGGCACAAGGCAAACAAUCCACAAAGCUUACAAAUGUGUUUAGUGAACAUCCUUCCUACUCCUCAUUUUUUUUUAACAUCAAUUAAUCGUAAAGAAUGAUCAUUGUUGUUUAUGUCCAUGGACUUGAGUUUACAGUAUGGUCCCGGAGUCAGCUGCACUUACGGAAAUGUUUUAUACUGUGUGAAUUAGUUGUUUUAAGAAAAGCCAGCUUAAAGCUUGUGAAUUGCUAAACAGAAUGUUGGCCUUAUAAAGUAUGUAUAUGCAGGAUAUAUAAAUGUGUGUGAAUUUGCGUUUACAUGCAAGCACUAUGUGAACUCCCAACAAUCCUGUGAUGGAAAAAACAGGAGGA